CUGCCGGUCUAUAGACAUACAGACAAUUCCAUCAUAUUCUGGUAUUUUUCUUAUUUUAUUGUGCACGACUGGCAGUUUCUUUUUGACAACUGCAGGGUGGACAAUCUGGAUCUUACUGAUCUUAACUGUUGGCUUUAACUCCAACGCACCAGGUCAGCCUUGACUGUACUAUGCUUAUCCUCACCUAACCUAAGUUGGACACCUGCAGUGCUUUUCUGUUCACAGUUCACGGUGUGGGGGCACAGAUGGCCAGAAGCCGUGUUCCACGUUAGCGCGCGCAUCACUUUGAUGUGGAUAACUGUGGCACGUGCUGUCCACCUUGCAUGGAGAACAAACUGCACGCUCUUCAUCAACAACGACUACGAAAGCUGUUUUACAUUUCGCGCUUUUAAGGUUACGGUUUAACCGAAAAACACGGACUUGGACUGAUUGACACAUUUGUGGGAUGACGGAAAUUAACGAGAUGGAGAAUGACUCGCAACUCCAGCUCUAUCCGAGCACUAUACUAUCCAUUCAGCCGGUAUCCACAAAGCUCCAGAGACUGAAACGCUCCUUGUCCUUCAAGACAAUCAUGCGCAGCAAGAGCGUGGAGAACUUCUUCCAGAGGUCGAACAGCGACGCCCGCCUGCCGCCAGACUUCAUCACCGAAGCGCCGUCGCCUCCACCCUACUCCCCGGCUCCGCCGCAACGGCCCGCCUCCCCAGUCGCCCACGACCGCUCGCCGUCCCUCUCGCCAUCGUUAAGCCCCAACCCCUCCCUCUGCUCCCACUCCCCCUCCCUCAGCCCGUCACUGUCCAGUGUGGCCAGGGCCCCGGGUCCACAGAUAACCCACUCCUUCCAGGAGCAUGUGUUUCGCAAGCCCACCAGCUGCCAGCACUGCAAGCAAAUGAUUGUGGGUAACUCCAAACAAGCCCUUCGCUGCAGGACCUGCAAGAUCGCAGCUCACCUGUGGUGCACAUCGGAAUUAUCUCAGCAGCUGUGUCAUGGAAAGUCUGGAGCGUUCAAGCGAAACUUCACGUCGCCCAUGCUCAUCAACGACCAACUGGCUAUCGUCAAGGAGGCCCAGCCGAGCCAAGAGGCUGGGCGUGCACGUCUAGAUCCUGUGUAUGCCGCUUUACGCUACGGGACAUCGCUGGCACAGAUGAGCCGCCCAAGUUUUGGCAGCAUGUCAGAGUCACCCACCCGCAGCCUGGGGGAAGGAGGAGGUGAGGAGAGGGAACAGAGACAGUACAGUAUGGAGGAAGAACUGACACAGGAGACCGGGGAUUCAGCUCUUCCUUAUAUCGACCCUGGGGAGGAGGAGAUCAUAGAGAGUGGACAAGCAGAAACACCAGCCGAAGAUAUUAGUGUAAAGGUGCCCAAGGUCCAUUCUGUUCACACCUACGUCGCCCUCUACAGGUUCAUGCCCCAGGAGCCGAACGACCUAGAACUAAACCCUGGUGAUCGGGUGCAGGUCACAGAUGAUUCUAAUGAGGAGUGGUGGAAGGGCAAGAGCGGAGACAAGGUGGGGUUCUUCCCCACUAACUUCGUCCAAAGGGUUCGGCCGGGGGAGAGGGUGUGGAGGGUGACCCAGAGUAUCCAUGGUAACAGAGAGAGGGGCCACAUGCCCGUGAAAGAAGACCAGAUAUGUGUGGGGAAGCAGGAGGACAGUGAAGGGUACAUGAGGCUCAGCAGUGGAAAGAAGCGGGGGCUGGUCCCAGCGGAAUCCAUUGAGGAGAUCUAA